AUGAGUCUCUCGGCGGCCACUGUCCUUUAUAAUCUUGCGGAAAAGGCCAAUCAAAUUGACAAUGUUCAGGAAUUGACAGUGAUCCUCCAGCAACAGUUUGUGGAACUUUUUCGAGGUGGUGAGAUGCCGUCAAGUCCAUCGAAGCCUAAAGCCAGUUCUUUGGCAUCCACAGAGGAGGAGAAGUUGUUGGCUGUUCGGGCUGUGGAGGCGUUUCAUAGUGUGGGAUUGCAGCGUCAUGGAGUGUUUUUCCAAAGCGAGUCGUACCACACAAACGCCGCCUUCUUCAUUCAUGAGUUGUUGGCCUCCCUUUCAGGUUCUAGACAGAUUUGGUUUCAAAAACUACAGAAAGCGAGCCUCCACGCAUGUGUAGCUGUAGUGAAAGCUAUCAGUUGUAGGAACACACGACUCUGUCUUCCUGGGAUUGUCUCGGCGUGUGUGCAUUAUAUUGACCGCGCGCAUCACGGUACAGAUGCUGUUGCCGUUCGCACCGGGGCGGUGGAAUUACUGCGCGUAUCUCUGAAGGCUUCGCUGGUGUCGCAAGGGGAUGACACGCAGUGGUUGCAGAGUACAGUGGGCCAUUUGGGGCAUAGUAUGACUCGGUUGCUGGAUCCCAGCCGGCUGGCACUUGGGGCAAAGACGCUUCCAUUCGCACAGUCCCUGCUGCAUCUUACCACGGAUUUGCUACUUCUCCCAUCACUCGGCACAUUUCUUGACACACCAUUCAUGCGGGAGGUCAUUGUCGGUUGGUUUGUACUCUCAAACGUGAAUUUUCUUCUUAGUGGCGGUGUUUUUGGUGGCGCUACUGAUUCCACUACCCAAAUACCGAGCGGAUUUUUUCAGAAACGCGCGGUGGUAGAGUUGCUUCAGGCACAGUUGAAGAAACUGCGUGGUGUGGAGCUGCUGCACUUUUCUUCAGCGCUGCUUCGUCGCAAGGACACACGUGCCACAGCAUUCCCAGUGGAGGACCACAGCCAACAUCUAAUGCAUCGUGUGCUCCAGCGAUGCAUUCAGGUGGUGGGAACGGAGAUGAGCGUGGAGGAUCUCUACAGUGCCAAAGUUUCGCGCAGUUACCCGUGUAUUGUGGGGGAUACGUUUAUCGAGUGCGCUGCGUACGCGGUAACGACGACGACAACAACAACAACAACAUCAGAGGAUCCGGCAGGAUGCGUCACGGUAGGGGAGCAGGUAUUGAAGGAUUUCAUGGCUGAGUGCGAGGCAACACUGGCGGACUGGGACCUCUACAUGCUACACCCACCAACUAUUUAUGUUCUUACACGCCUUGUGCUGUGGCAGUUUAGGACCCCAGCGUGGGUGACGGAGGAGGAGGAAAAAGGGCGACCUGCGGAGGAAUUUAUACUAUCCGACACUUUUGAGCAGCUAUGGAGCAUUGUUGCACAGCCACACCUGUGGAACAUCACCGAGGAUGAAAAUCUCUGCUCGUACCAGCAGUUGCGUCAUAGGCAGACGGUUGCGGCGACGAUUUUGUGUUUUUUGGAGACUGCCGCGGGGCUGUUGCGCGACGAACCAGUGAUUCAUAGGGCGAAGCGAAAACGAGCAGUACAGAGAUUGAACUUGCUGGUGUUGUACAUUGUGCUGGAAAAGGCGACGGGCCCAACUUUUGUACGCGAUGCUGCCAUGGGAGUCAUGAAGGCUCUUGGAGAGGCGGGGUUUUACCCAGACACGCUUGCCUUCUUUCUGAGCCAGAGCGGGUAUAUCGUUGAUGAGGCUGCGCGUGCCUUUACGGAAGAAGAUCUUCGUGUUUCCGCAGCCAGCGUGUUACGUGGCGGCGUCAGUUUUCUUCAGAGCAAGCUGUUGUCAGUUCCCGGGAAGGAGGAGUUUACUGCCAUUACAUCGCGGCAGUGGGUGGACGUUCCGAGAGGCCGCAACCCAGCGGCGGUUGUGUUGGUAACUUCUGCCGUUCCCAAAGUCUCAGAUUUUGUUUCUUCCGCCGUAAAGGUUGCCUCCGAUGGAUGUCGACGUUCGACACUGCAGGAGGAGACCGCCGGUGCGCUUGCCUCCGUUGCGCUGCUUUUAGACUGUUUCAGCGUGAGUGCGGCACUCAACCGCUCCGUCCCACAACUUGGAAUCCACGAGGAUCAGGACUGCAUGACCACCGCGGCGGAGCCACGCGUCCAGAUUCUUCAACUUGCUGUUCUGGAGGCCGUGCAGAUGCUAUUGGCAUACUGCACGCGGAAUGACGCAGUGGCGCCUCUCGCGAUUUCUGCUGUCACGCGUGGCCUCACGGUAUUUCUUACUACCCCCAGGGCGGAGACGUGGAUACAUGAGACAGAAAGCGAUGGCGAUCAGCCACCACCUGUGUUUGAAUGGGAAGAUAACACCCCGGCAGUACUUCCACGCAACCACCUGCGCACGGUGUACCAGGUAUAUCUAUCCUUUUUGGCGAUUCUUGCAGAGCCUGUCUCCGGAUUUACCACCACGAGCAACUCGAAGCGGCUAUCGGCGCAAGAACGCCGCGUACUUGAGGCCGUGCAGCCUACUCCCGCAGUGAUAGCGGCAAUGGAGGGACUAAAAGCACUCUUUGCCCUCGCGACAGACUUUUUGUCGCGGCGAGUUGUUGAAGAGGUGCUCCCUAUUGUCGUCACGUGGCACAAACGUGGGGCAUUGCCACGCAUUCCCACAAAGACAGAUGAAAGGCUACAGACCGCUGCCAAGAAGUUCUUGCAAGACGCGUGCGUCAUUGAUCCGUCACUGGAAAAGCAACUGCAUGCAGAGUGCGCCUUUUUGCUUCCACCUCUUGCUUCUGUUUCAGCGGCGAUUACAGAGGAAUCAUAA